GUCAGGUGUGCGAGGAGCAGAAGUGUGAAGAAGAGGUCUUCCCCUUGGCCAUGAAUUAUGUGGAUCGUUACCUGUCGUUAGUCUCCGUGAGGAAAAACCAUUUGCAGCUUCUGGGAGCUGUCUGUAUGCUCCUGGCUUCCAAGUUACGAGAAACCAUGCCCCUGACCGUGGAGAAACUCUGCAUUUACACAGACAACUCCAUCACACCUCAGCAGCUCCUGGAUUGGGAGGUUCUAGUCCUGGAGAAGCUAAAGUGGGACCUGGUCUCGGUGAUAGCAAAUGAUUUCUUGGCUCACAUCCUCCAUCACCUCCCGCUGCCUAAGGACAAGAUGGAGCUGGUGAAGAAACACGCACAGACCUUCAUCGCCCUGUGUGCCACAGACUACACUUUUGCCUUGUAUCCCCCCUCCAUGAUCGCGACGGGCAGCAUCGGGGCGGCGAUCCACGGCCUGACGGUCUCCGUGAACGAUUUCACCGGCGAGGCCAUCACCGAGCUGCUGGCCAGCAUCACCGGCACGGAAGUGGACUGCCUGAAAGCCUGUCAGGAGCAGAUUGAGGCAGCUUUAGCCGAGAGCUUGAAACAAGCAUCCCAACCCCAAGGGGAAUACAGUGCUGCCAAGACUGCUGCUUACCCGGCCAGCCAGCCGACAGACGUCACGGACGUCAACCUGUGA